ACCUCUCCUGUAGCAUUAAAGUCCAAAAAAAUCUCCAAAAAAUGGCAGGAAGUCUGAAACGGCUUCCUGUCCAUAAUUGUUCACAUAUCUGACAUUGACUCAAAAGGUGCCUGGAAUCGAAAGUCGACGAAGUUUGCGAAAUACCCACGUUUGUUUGAGACUUCAAAUCAGUGUGCCAACAUGGUUCCAAAGGGUUUUGUUAUCCACUUUUACAUUAUUCAACUUGUGACCUCAACGACUUAUAUAUUUUCUCCCUCCAUUUUGCAUGCCAUGUAUUGGCAAACCCUUACGCACGAAAAGAAUGCCGCUCCAUUGCAAUGUGUACUAAAAUGUGAAGAACGACAUUGUCCUGGUGUCGCUUAUCAACGUGCCAAAGGUCUUUGUUUGUACGGUUCUGUUCAAACCACUCCAAUCAAUGGGGAUGAGAGUAUAUUGGAAAUAUGGAAAAUCAAACCAUUGGUGGAGUACGCGGGAAGUUCAUCCAUGUCUUCCAAGCUUCUCGGUCAAAAUGAUUGCAAGUUGUUCGACACGUGGGUUGAACAAGUAAACGGAAAGCGUUACAAAGUCAAUCCACAAACCUUGAGCAAAAAAGGCCAGGAAAACUUUUGUAAGAGCCAAGGAGGUCAGCUGGCCAUGAUCAAAUCAAAAGUGGAGGAAGACAUCAUUACCACCUUGAUUGGGGACAAUCAAACUUGGAUUGGAAUAACUAACUUCCACAAUGAGAUUUGUUUAAACGAAUCUUGCGAAGAUCAUUUGGCGUGGAGUGACGGGACCAUGUUCAAGUAUGACGCCAACAUGUUUACCAAGGAUUUCAAUUUCGGAGCCGGACACAAUUGUUGCCGGAUUAAAGGCCCGGAGUGCAACGACAAUGAUUGUGCAAGCUUAUUUGCUGGGAUUUGCGAGGUGACCUGUUCUGAUUGAACGAGGAGCCGUCAAUAGUUUUUGGCCAUAUGUGUCGAUGCAUUGCACAAUUCAGGAACACUUAACUGCUUGUCUCGUAUGGACUGACUUAUGGCAAAUCCUUUCUUUUAACAUGAAUAACGUUUUAUAAAGAGAGUAAUGUUAAUGUUGGCAUUGAAAAGUCGUUUUAAGAAGGAUACGUAAAAAAGCAUAUUCAGAAAGGGCACUGCAUUUUCAGAGAAAAUUCUGAUCGAUUUUCAAAGUUAAGCAUUGUUGUGCUUUGUAACAUUUUGAUUGUCAACCGUCGUUUUUCGUCAAUUUGA